GGGAAUUUGCAGCAGUAUUUGUAACUGAGAGUGUAAAUCAUGUUGUCUUUGUGGCCAUUACAUGCAUUGUAAGGUGAGACUUUGUGGCUGCCUUUGUGAGUAGAGCUUGGUCAAGUGGUCAGGUUGUUUGUUGCAUUGGUUAAAGCGGUCAAAACAAGGUGUGGACAGUGUCUCAGUUGCCUGUCUGGCUUGCAGGACUUAGACAUUUGGCAGUUUAUUUUAGUUGUGGAAAAAGAAACUAGAUUUGCUAGGUGAGCAUUUGAAGAGUCAGGCUCACACUGAUGUACAAAGAACUUGAAGUUGGAGAUGAAAAUGCUAAGGUAGAUGUCAGAAAGAAUAACACAAGAUAGACACAAAAUUGCUUUUUAUGACGCAAACUUCUAUUGCUGUCAUUGGUGGGGACAUCGCUUAGCAAAGUAUAUAUAAAGCAGAUGCAGUGUUUCUUCAGCACAUGCCAUUAUCAGCGGAGAGGACGAAUAGUACUGUGUUGUAUUUAACAGUGCUGCAUUGAGUUCUACCUAUCAUAUAUUUAUUCAAUGUCUGUAGUUGGUGAGGGUUGUGUUACAUUGCUCAGUUCAUUACAGGGACAACAUAUUGGUGUGAUUAUGUCAUGUGGGCUGCACAUCUAAGAGUUGCAGUAAAUUACAGAGAAGCGUAACUAGGAAAGUGCAAAGAAGCCUAGUUGUCUGUAAUAAUUCUGAUGUUGUAGCAAGUUUCUGGGCAUGGAGGAAUAGUAACAGUGCUGUAUCUCAAAGACCUUUCGUGAAUAGUUUUACUCAGACUUUGUAUGAAACAAACAGGAACCAUGUCUAAUAGGAUAAGAAUACAUCAGAAUAAUAACAACACACCAACGUCCCAGACAAAUGGCAGCUCCGCGCAGAUUCCGCCUUCCAUUCUGGUCCAGGGAGAGGAGCGGAAGAGUCAACGACGGCGCAGUAGCAUCCACGUGCCGAUUCCCCUGGAGCUACAGAGACGCAGGUCUAGCGGUAGCUCUGUGGAUUCUUAUUCGUCCUAUACAGGAAGCUCUUCUGAUGAUGAUGACAUAAAUCCCAGAGAGAAAGAACAGCAAAGUUCUCAAGGCUUCAAGGAUUUUUGUGUCCGCAACAUUGAGCAGCAUGCUUUUGGGCGUCGAGAAAUUGAAAUCGCUGAGCAAGAAAUGCCUGGUCUGGUUGCACUGAGGAAACGUGCCCAGGAUGACAAACCUCUCCAUGGUGCCAAGAUCAUAGGCUGCACCCACAUCACUGCACAGACUGCUGUCCUGGUAGAAACUCUGACAGCUUUGGGAGCCCAAGUCCGCUGGUCUGCCUGCAAUAUCUACUCUACACAGAAUGAGGUGGCAGCAGCGUUGUCUGAGGCAGGCUACUCUGUGUUUGCGUGGAAGGGAGAGACAGAAGAGGACUUCUGGUGGUGCAUUGACAACUGCAUCAAUGCGGAGAACUGGCAGCCCAAUCUGAUCAUAGAUGAUGGUGGCGAUGCCACACACCUGAUGUUGAAGAAGUACCCUCACCUGUUCAAUCAGAUAAAGGGAAUUGUUGAGGAGAGCGUCACUGGAGUGCACAGACUCUACCAGCUGUCCAAGUCUGGGAAACUGACAGUACCAGCUAUGAAUGUCAACGACUCUGUCACCAAGACCAAAUUUGACAACUUAUACCUCUGCAGAGAAUCUAUUAUAGAUGCUUUGAAAAGAACUACUGAUGUGAUGUUUGGGGGGAAGCAGGUCUUAAUAUGUGGAUAUGGUGAGGUUGGCAAGGGCUGUGCUGCAGCCCUGCGAGGAUUAGGCUGUGUAGUCAUGGUUACUGAGAUUGACCCCAUUUGCGCUUUACAGGCAUGUAUGGAUGGCUUUCGUGUGGUCAAAUUAAAUGAAGUUGUCCGCCAGAUUGACAUCCUUAUUACUUGUACAGGCAACAAGAAUGUGGUGACUAGAGAUCACUUAGACCGGUUAAAGAACGGCUGUAUAGUGUGCAACAUGGGCCACUCAAAUACAGAAAUUGAUGUGGGCAGUCUCCGCACCCCAGAACUAACAUGGGAGAAAGUUCGCUCUCAGGUGGACCAUAUCAUUUGGGCUGAUGGAAAGAGGAUUAUACUUUUGGCUGAGGGACGUUUAGUAAAUUUGAGUUGUUCCAGCGUUCCAUCCUUUGUUGUAUCCAUCACUGCCGCUACACAGGCUCUUGCUCUCAUUGAGCUGUACAAUGCACCCCCUGGCAGGUACAAGCAGGAUGUGUAUCUACUGCCAAAGAAAAUGGAUGAGUACGUAGCCAGCCUCCAUUUGCCAACAUUUGAUGCACACCUGACAGAGCUGUCUGAUGAACAGGCCAAGUACCUGGGCCUCAACAAGGCUGGACCUUUUAAACCUAAUUAUUACAGAUACUAAUUAUAAAGAAGAGAGUGGAAACCAUGGGUGUCAACUUGUCUCCAAGUUUGUGUAAUCACUUUUUCACUGGCAGUUAUAUUAUGAGGUUACUGAUGAUGUCACAUGUGGUGCCAAGUGUGAUGUCACACAGAUGUGAGGUCAUCAGUGAUGUCACACAUACAUAUUGUCAUUAGUGAUGUCACAUAAUAUCCUGUGAUGUUACCAGAAGAUUUAUUAGAAAAUAUUUUGUUUUCACCAGUGGACAUUACAAAAAAAAUUGUCAUAUAUAUUCAAAAAAAAAAAAAAGAGAAUAAGUACGAGAGAAAAAAUAAGAAAAAAAAGAAAACAUAAAUAGCUGUACAAGUCAUUUUGGGCUACUCUGUACAAAGUAAGCACUGUACAUUUGGAUCAUGUGAUAAUGUCAGCAUUACACUGUAUUAUGGGGCCACUCUCUGAGACCAUGUCAGGCUGGAUAGAACAGAAAAUAUUGGUUUAUAAUCCAUGGUGCCAUCUUUUAGUUAGUAUUUAUCAUUGGAAUUGACAACUUAUGAGAGUCCUGUAGCUGAAAGCUCUUAAUGGAAAAGUGAUGUUGUAUAUUAGUGCAUUUUUGGAGGUAAUUGACUAUUUAUGAUUGGAAGUGGCAUAAGAUGUAAUUUAUGAAAUCUAAGGUAAUUGAUGAAAUCAUUUUGCAAUGGAUGCAUUAGUAUUUGGCUUUUGUUUAAGUGUUUAUGAUUGAUAUUAGCUUUUGCAAACCUUUGGGUUUCAUUGAGGUGAUAAUACAAAAAACAUGUUCAUCAAUGAAAUUGGAUUCGUAUUAUGUUGAUGUGACAUUUAAAUCUAAGGUUGAUCAUGGAUUUAAAAAAUUGCCAGCUAAUUAUUUUAAAGUCUUUUUUAAAUGGCUGAAAGAGUAAUUUUUGCAAUUAAAUUUGUUGUUUGAUAUAUAAAGGUACUACAUUUUGAUUUCUUAAUUGUUAAAAAUAACUGAGGAAAUUAAUUUUGUGAAAAUUUUGAUAUUUAAACAUCCUUAAAAGGAUAAGGUAGUUGAAGAGGAAAAAUUGAAAAGUGCCAAUGGUGGCCAAAUGACCCCCAGUUGAUAUCAAAAUCUAAGGAACAAUAAUGAAAAUUUAGAAAAAAAAAUCCUUUUUCAUGCAGAAUUUUGUGCCAAUAAUUUAUCCUCUCCCUAUUGCUUAAAGGUUUCAUUCUACUUCAGUUUUUCUACUUUUGAGGAUUUGGAUUAUUCUUAUAAAAUUAUAUCAAUUUUUAUGUACUACAUCCAAUAGCUUGUCAGUUUAUUUUUCAGAUUUUUCUUCUUUCUUUUUGGUUUGUGUUGAAUUUAUUCCUUUGCUUGCUUUUGGUUUGGCAUGGUUUUUGUAGCUGCAAAGAAUAGUCGUGUGUGAAAUCGAGAUGAAAGUCAAAACUGUAUUAUCAUGAAUUUGGAAUAUUAUUCUUUCCUGUUGUUAAAGAUUCCACUACCAAUAAGGUUAAUAUUGCAUUUAAACAACUUUUACAAAUGUUGCAUUUUAUUCUAUUAAUGCAUUUAUAGUAAUAAAUGCCACCUUUGGUGUCAUAGCAAAAUGGGUUCUUCACUCUUGGAAAAAUCUUUUUUGUGUGUUUGAAAUACUUCUGGUGUGCUGCAUUUAAAAAUAGUGCACAUUCUGUAUCAGUGUAAACUGGACCUGAGCCAGAAAAAGAAUUUCUUGAAUUUUGAAGAAAUAUGCAUAGUUAUCUCAGCAGAAAUUGUGAGGCAAAAGAAUAGUGAUCAAACAUAUUAAACAGUUGAAUUAUAAA